AUGAUAUUAGGUGUUUUCGAAGUUGUCCCUCGUUCAGAAAUAAUGUCGCGUCUGGGAGCGUACUUUACAAAUUUUGUGAAAACAGCACUUAAUACCAUCCACCCGAAUAAGGUAGAAGAAUACCCAUAUGAGCAAUAUGAAGCCGAAUACUUUAUAUGUGAACAUAUUUUGGAAUUGUAUCAUUCAUUCAUUUUUUAUAAAAUUGCUAAUUACUACGAUAUGGUGUACAUACCUCCAGCAGCUUCUAGCGAUACUCCCUCUCGAGAACGAAGAGUUUUCAGUCUCUUUCGUUUCCAAGGUGACGUCAACGAUGGCAUUGCUACCUUCAAACACUUUGCCGAAGUCGUGCAUGAAAUGUCCAAAAUCUGCGGCAUAUACGAUGUCAAAGUGGACAAAGUCUGGUUGGAGAAGGUCACGGCAAUGUGUAGACGUCAUCCUAAAUGGACCUUUGCUCACAUCACCGCUUGUCUCAACUUCCCCGAAGCCCUCAAUCACGAGAAAGUUACGAAAUGGAUAAACACACCCGACGGGGAUACUGGUGAAACACCUUUGCACGUUGCUUUAAAGGUGGGCGGUGUGGAGACAGUCCAGAAAAUUCUCGCACUGAAACAGACUCGGUUGGAUAUCUGUGACGCCGCUGGCAAAACCGUCCUCCAUGUGGCUGUGGAGGAAAAUUCUCUUGAGCUUCUUGAGGCAAGUUCCGAUCUACUUUUGCCUUUGAAGAAAAUAUGCGGUGGCAGUGAUGCUGACUGGAUUCUCUUAGAUAUCGAACCACCUGCAAGUGACGAAAACGCGUCGGUCACCCAGCCCUUCUCCGUCUGCCAGACGACAGGUUUCAAGAACUCGAAUCGCAUUGACAUCGACGCGGUGAAUGCGCUUGGGGAGACAUGUCUCUACUUGGCCGUCCGCGACGCCUCUGAGGCAAUCGUUGCAACUCUGCUUCGAGCCGGUGCUAAUCCACGAGCCGGCACAACUGACUAUUUUCCAAUCCACGUCGCGGUUGAAAAAGAUCGGCCUUGCAAUGAAGCUAUGUCUUAG